AGCCAUUCGGCUCACGGGCUCGGUCCACCGCGCGUCCGUCUGGGCCCGCAGGCCCGGGCCGACGCGCGAGCGAGGGCCGUCGUCGCGCACAGCCGCGACACCGAGUGCCGCCGGUGCCGAGCACAGCUCUCGUUUCUCUGUGCUCGUCGGCCCUCGCAGCCAUGGGCAGCGACAUGAGCCUGCUCGUGGCGGCAGAGAAGCUGAACUGGGUGAAGCAUCAUUCUCUCGAGAUCGACACGGCGCUGCAGGCGCAGCAGCGGCCCCUCCUGAGGCACUUCGGCAGCACCGUGUUCCUGUGCUCGCAGGAGCGCAGCAUGAUGGGCUGCCCCUAUUACCAUCACUUCGUGACAGAUCACAUUUGGACGAUCGAGUUCGGUGGCGGGGAGACUCUCAAUUGCUGCGUGCAGGUGCAUAACAACCCGAUGGGCACAUACCAGCAGGAGUGCGCGGCUGCGAAUACCGACGAUAUCAUGGCGCGCAUGCAGAGGGUGUGCGGAGCAAGGGGGUACUCGCUGUGCUUGAGGAACUGCGAGCACCUUGCCCGCUACGUCAUUUCGGGCAGCUGGGUGAGCUCCCAAACUCUCCUCACAUCGCGGAGGGUCGGGGCCAGAUUCGCCCAGUAU